GGGCGCGUAGUCAGUGCGUGCCCGGCUGUUUGUGAGGAGUGACUCGCCCCGGCCCCUCGGCGGAGCCUCCACCCCGCGGGCGGGGACCCGCCCGGCCGCGCUCCCCGCCGUGACCCUCCCACCGCCACUCACCCCGCCGGCCCGGGGAGCCUGGCAGGGCGAGCGGCGCCGGCGUCAUGUGACAGCGCGGCCCGGUGCCAGGAGCCCGGGGGGAAGGCGAGCGGGCGGAGGGCGGGAGCGGGCAGCUCCUGCUCGCACACAGACCCGGAGACACCGCCGAAGCGCCUCAGCCGCGGGGACGCGGGACACGCCGGCCUCGCGCCUCGGUCCCACCGGAGCGCCCCCAGCCCCCGCCACCUAGCGCGACCCCCGGCRCUGCGGGAGCCGACGGAGACGCGGCGCGUCCCGCACCGCCCGCCCGCCGAGCAAAUCCAGAUUAAAAGAAGUAUUUGGCCACACAGUUUUGCAGGAGAGGACAUCAGAGGCAUCAGAACAGGUGAAUAAAAAAGAUGCUAAUGUUUGACCCAGUCCCUAUCAAGCAAGAAGCCAUGGAGCCUGUUUCAGUGUCAUAUCCAUCCAGUUACAUGGACCAAAUGAAGCCAAACAAAUACGGCGUCAUUUAUUCUGCACCAAGUAUGUUGCACAACAAAUUCUACUCAAACCCUGAAGGACUAUCGAAUGGAAUCCAGAUGGAGCCAGUAGACCUUACAGUCAAUAAACGGAGCUCACCACCUUCAACUGGAAGUUCUCCUUCACCCCUAAAAUUUCAGACUGUGCAUAGGAGAACUUCACCUGGAUUGACUCUGUCCUCACCCAGCUCACCUCUCAGUAAAUUCACGCCGUCACCCCCAGGAGUACAGCCUAUUUCUAUGCCAAUAACAAUGCCAUCUGUAAUGGCCGCAGCUCUUUCACGCCAUGGACUGAGAAGCCCUGGGAUCCUCCCGGUUAUACAGCCUGUUGUGGUCCAGCCAGUUCCUUUCAUGUAUGCUCCCCAUCUCCAGCAGCCCAUCAUGGUGUCCACAGUUCUGCCAGAUGAGAUGGAAACUCCAAGUAGCAUGCAAGUGCCUGUCAUUGAGUCUUAUGAGAAGCCUACACURAAGAAAACAAUCAAAGUAGAGCCAGGAAGUGAACCAUCAAAGACUGACUUCUAUCCUGAACAAAUGUCACCUCCAAUGAUGACCUCAUUGUCUCCUCAGCAAGUAAUGUUGCAAGAGAAUCACCCUUCAGUUAUAGUUCAGCCAGGAAAGAGACCUUUACCUGUGGAAUCUCCAGACACACAAAGGAAACGCAGAAUACAUCGAUGUGAUUAUGAAGGCUGCAACAAAGUCUACACUAAAAGCUCCCACCUGAAAGCUCACCGAAGAACCCAUACAGGGGAAAAACCAUACAAAUGCACUUGGGAGGGCUGCACGUGGAAGUUUGCUCGUUCCGAUGAACUGACGCGGCAUUUCCGCAAGCACACAGGAAUCAAACCCUUCCAGUGCCCAGACUGUGAYCGUAGCUUUUCACGUUCGGACCAUCUUGCUCUUCACAGGAAACGCCACAUGCUAGUCUGAAUGUCUUCUGUCCCUGACUCCUGUCACUACUCUUUUGUUUUUUUACACAUGCUUUUUAAUUUGGAUUCAGCUGGUCUGGAUCUCUGAGUUUAUACCAUUAAAAGCUUACGUAUGGUCAGUAACAGAUGUUAUCUAACCCUUCUGUGUCCUUGCCACGGGUCAGACCUAAAGAAUGUGAACACUUCUUUUUUUUUUCUCCUGGGGAUGCUAAGCAAACCCUUUCUACAUUCAGUAUGUUUAUUGUAUUCCAUUUGUGAAUAAGGGAAUUUGUAAACUAACAGUUUCUGUUGGUUUCUUGGUAUAAUCAACUCAGCAUAUACUGAUAAAAUAGUAAAUGUUAUUGAAUAUCUAAA